AGGAGGGCCAUCCGCGCGCCGACCAGGGGAACAAGACUCCGACGCCACUCUGGCUCAUGGGGCUCAUGUCACAUGCCUCCCCCGCUGCACUGCAACUUUAUUUACUUUCCAUGCGACGCGCGAGCUCCCCAGGCCCAUGUGCAGGCACCUGGCCAUAGCACCCGGGAGGAUUCUCGUGGCGGUUGCCGCAGGGCUUCUCUCUGCUAUCACCCAUCUCGGCUGGCCAGCAGCGGACGCGGAGACGCCGGUCUAUCAUGCGGACGUGGCCAUGAUGCGGCUGCCGCCUCACACGGAGACGAACGCCUCGGUCUCCAGGGCUGCUCGCGGGAGCGGCGGCGGCGACGAUGCGCCCCGGGGGCGCUCGCCCGCUGCGGCCUUUGUGGGUCGGACGCAGGGCACCAGCUACGCCAGGUACGAUUACAGCGACCCCGUCAGGGGAGACUGGUGGGUGCUGUGCAGCGCGCAGUGCCCAGGCACGCGGUGCGGACUGCUCAUCGCUCUCCACGGGAUCUACAGCAACCCUGGCGAUCAGACGUGGCUGAUGCUCGGGAGCGAUGUCGAGCAGUCCUUCGCGGAUGAAGGCAAUCGCCCCUUCUGCAUGGCGUUUCUGAAGUCCGAGCACGCUCCCUGGGAUUACAGCGCCUGCAAUAAUGAUGUUGACCACGUCAUCGACGUGAUCGACCACUGCGAGCAGCACCCACAGAUGAACGUGGAUCCCAUGCGCAUUGCACUGCAUGGCUUUUCGAGUGGGGGCAUCUUCUCACUGUGGAACACGAAUGCGUUCACCAAACUUGGAUCCAGGGUGAAGUCAUUCGUCAUCUACGGUAGCAAUAAUAUACCAGAAGAGUGUAAUUUCAUGCAGGGACAUUUGUUGAUGGUCCACGGUGACCAAGACAAUAUUGUGCGAUGGGGGUCACGCCCAGAGAUGCAAACGUGUGGCACCCGGAAGAUCCUUACGAGAGUUGCAGCCAUUCGCGGCUACGCCGUGGCACCGGAGGAAUCUUUUUGCGCCGAGUCGUGCGACCAGCACUAUCGCUGCUUUGCCGUCCGAGACAGAGUGGCUGCGCAGACUUGGGCAGGUGUCACAGAGUAUUACGGUCAGUGCGAUUCUUCCGGGCAGUUCCUCGUUUCAGAUUGUUCUGACAGCGCGAUAGUGCCUCCAUUAUGCCACGAGUGCUACCCAGAGAGCCCUUGCAGCAGCGCAUUUGCAGAAGCGGUCACUGGCGCCACCACGGGUUCCCUGAACCUUGUGGAGUCGUCGUCUGGGGCAACCCCUCCUGAGGAGUACGAGACGCAAACAUUCAGGUGGGGCCCAGAGGGGCAUACAGUAGGGUGCGAGGGCGUGCUUGAGCACUGGAGGAUUCGUGAUUGGAACCAUGACUACCCGAAUCGCAGAAUCGGCGGCGCAUACACUUACUUCUGGCAGAAAAUGCGUGAGUGGCUGUGGGACAAUUCUGGCUACUUUCCCAGCGGCUGUUCUCUGGAAGACCGUUACAAGCCAAGCCGUGCAAAUAGCUGCGUGGAAGGCACCACAGCCUCACAUUGCGCAGAGCAGAAGGACGUGGAUUGGUGUGGCAGGUUUGUGUGGCAGGCCCAAGGUGUAAACAUAUCAUGCGGAGCGAUCAACAUUGCGGCUUACGGCUCAUGUGAAUGGGCGCAAUACGCACCAGGCGGGCAGGAUUGCUGCUCGAACACAAUCAUGCCCACAAUGGCGUCAGCGACGACCUCGCCAACAACCUCGCCGGCAUCGCCCUUGCAAACGCCCUCGCCAACACCCUCGCCAACGCCCUCGGCCCCCGCGCUCUGCGCCCUCCCCGAUGUGCUCAACCCGUCGGCAUUGGCCGGUCACACUUGUCUGGUCGACGGCGUGUCAAACGGCCUCGACUCCAACUGGGGCGGGGCGAGCACGCAGUGCAGCAGCGAUGGGGGCUCAUGGGUCGAAUAUUCUUGCCAGUCGGCUUCGGACUACUACGCGGCCCUGCCGGCAGACCACGAACAUCUCACGAGCUUUCAGGACGCCUGGGUGCCCAAGUGCUGCGGGGCGCCCUCGCCAACGCCCUCGACCACUAAGCUCUGCGCCCUUCCUGAUGUGCUCAGCCCGCAGGCAGUGGCCGGCUACUCUUGCCUCGUCGACGGCGUUUCGAAUGACCUCGACUCCAAUUGGGGCGCAACAGGCACGCAGUGCAGCAGUGCCGGUGGUUCAUGGACUGCGUAUUCUUGCCAGACGGUUUCGGACUACUACGCGGCCUUGCCGGCAGACUACGAACAUCUUGCGAGCUUUCAGAAUGCCUGGGAGCCCAAGUGCUGCGCGGCCAAUCCGACGGCCAGCCCGACGGUCACACCGACGGCCACUCAGACGGCCAGUCCGACGGGCACACCGACGGCCAACCCCCCGACGGCCACUCCGACGUCCUCUCCAACGGCCAACCCGACUGCCACUCCGACGGCCUCCCCGACAGCAGACCCGACGGCCAGUCCGACGGGCACACCGACGGCCAACCCGAUGGCCACUCCGACGGCCUCCCCGACGGCCAACCCGACGGCCACCCCGACGAGCACGCCGAUGGCCAACCCGACGGCCACUCCGACGGACAUACCGACGGCCAACCCGACGGCCAGUCCGACGGUAACGCCGAUGGCCAACCCGACGGCCACUCCGACGGGCAUCCCGACACAAGCCUCUGGCGCGUUCAGAUCACGGCCUUUUUCAUCACUCGUGUUCCCCCUCGGCUUUCUGCUUUUAGUCACUGGCUCGCGAACACAGACGACGCGGACGUGACGACCCACUUUGACGUGGGGGAGGAGGACAUCGAUGGCGCCGAGGACGUCCUCGCUUCUCGGGCGACCAGCUCAGGUUCGAGGUUCGAGGUUUUCGGGCGUUUACGAUUGUUUUCGGCGGCUUUCCAGGCUCGGGAUGCUCUCCAGCGGCUGCGCCUCGCCGAAAGCUUUCUGGGGCUGCCUGGAUCAUCCCGAACGGCCGCCAGAGAGCCGAGUUGUGUCCCGAAAGCCUGGGGGCAACGUGAUGACCAGCCACGUCUGCUUAGCGUGUCGGGCCGCCGGUCCUGGCCCACCACGCUUCGGCGCGACACGCUGACCCCGUGUCCUUCAGUCCUCUUCCCCCCGCCUCUGCUCGCUUGCCUGCUCCAGGUGUGCCCGGCGCAUUUUCCCAUUCAGUCUCCCGGCCUCGUCACCUGGCUUGCUGAUUACUUUGGCCGCCAGCCUCAGAGGCGUAGCCCCUUGCCGAUAGCACGCCGUGCUGGACCGAAGUGCGACCCCCUUCGGUCCGUCGGGAGGUCAUGCCGAUACCAUCGGGGGGAAGACCCAGGUAUGAGGCCGCCUCCGUGGCAUUUCUUCGGCGGGCCACGGGUCCUGUCACCCCAGAUUAUCAUCCCUCUUCCUUAGGGGGGUCAGACUUACUCUUGCUACA